CUACAGUCGUCAAGUGUCUCAAGGAUGUAAAAUGGAAUAAUCUACCUCUAGCCAUUUUCAUCGCAGACAUGCUUCUUGCUCAAAAUAAAGCAAAGGAAGCCAAGGUCAAAGCAACGUCUGCUUAUAAUAAAUUUAAUGUCCGAUGGGUGGAGAAAGAUGCUGAAGGAUGUCCACUGCUUAAAAGAAGCAGAAGUGGAGAGACACGGAAACGAGCUUCAGCUACAGUAGUAUCUGUAGUUGGCAGAGAGGAUGCUACUCCUUUUGAGUCAGCUAUGGAGGUUCCCAUAGUUACCCAAUCAAACUGCUCUGAACACUUAUUUGACAGUGAGAUGCAGAAAUUACAGGACAUUCUGACCUCAGCAAAUGUUCAAGGCACAAACAAGUAUCCUUCAACAUCCAAAUCAUGGUGCUUGCGCCAAUCUGUAGCCCAAGAGGAGUGGCGGAAAGCAAGGUCCUAUCACAUAAACUGCUUGCUGUCCUGCAAUGUGGUUCCAGAACAGAACUGCAGCCACUGCACAUCUCCUGCCAUCAUUCGCUGCAAAGACUGCAUGCCAGAAGAGUGGCUGUGUAUGGAUUGUGACAUACACAUACACAAAAAACUCACCCUUCAUAACAGGGAGUCCUGCAUUGAGGGAAUUUACAAGCCCAUUGAGCCAACAGUGUGCUGUGUAAAAAAAGAUGGCAAAUAUACACUGGUCAAUCAAGUGUGUUUAUUACCUACGGUGAGACCUGCCACUUUAUGUACUUGUGACCCUGUAAACAUCACUGAAUCAGCUGGCAGAGCAAUCAUUUUGGUUUGCAUAAAUGGUCAGUAUGAUUUGCAUUUGCCAAAUUUGUUGUGCAAAGUAUGUCUGGCACAGUGGACACCUGACAUGAGUGACCUAAUAAGAAGUGGGUAUUGGCCAGCAUCUGUGAAUGCUGACACGCUGUUUUCAGUGGAUGUCUUCAGUACAUUUGAAGAAAUGAAAACUAUUGCACCCAGUUUAUCAAGACAAGGUUUUUUGCAGAUGUUGGAGAGAAGGACUUGUCACUUUGGAAGGGCUGGGAAAAUACAUGGAGAUGUAUUCCAAAGAAGCUUUAUGGAAUACACAUUCUGCCAGUACCAGUGUGAGAAAAUGGCCAGUGUAGAGCACUUCACCUGCCCGGCAUGUACACCCAACACCCUUGCUCUUUGUGCAGAUGGAAACAGAAAACUAUACCGAUUUCGUCAGUCAAAAGGGUCAGAAGAACCAUAUUUUGAUGGUACCUUCAUUGCCAAGGACACUGAUGUGCACCAUUUUGUUGAGGAGAUCAGGAGUAAAAUGAAAAGUACUGCUGGCAGAGGGAUCUGUGGAGCCAGUCAGUGGUCUGCUGCACGUGAAACUGCCAGAAGUGCAAGCAAACUGGAUGAAGAGGGUCUUGAGGUGGUUGUCUGCAGACACGGACUACUACUCAAGGCUCUUAACAUGUACAGGGGGGAAAUAUUCGCCUAUCCACUGUACCUGCAGAAGGAGCUCCAAGCAGCCACAAAUGGACAGUUCUAUUGCACGGAUAUCGCAUGCAAGUAUUGGCCCUACCUCGAGAAGCUGGCGGUCUCCAUGUUGGAACUCAGACCUUUACUGCAGAUGAGACCAUUCCUUUCUGUCAUGCAUGCCAAGGCUCAUUCAACCAAGUGUGAGAUAAUCUGGAGUGGCAAAAAUCAGGAAGGUGCUGGCACAACUGCAGGGGAGGAGGUUGAAAUGGUAAACAGCUACCUGUCUCGUUGUGCCCUCACAACCAAGUACAUGACAAAAUCUGCCAGGAAUGACAUGCUAACUGUCCAUGCUAUUGGGUGGAACCGACGGAAGCGGGAAGGCCUUCACCUCGCAUUAUCCAGCAGAUACAUCAAGACUUUCAAAAAGGCUGAGGCUGAGUCUCAGAGACUGGAGGAUUUGAGCAGUGAACUAGGGUGUUCUCAGAACACUGUGCUUCAGUGGGUACAUGAUGUCAGACAAUGGGCUACUGAGGAUUCUGUAGGUACCGGAUGUGAUGACCAACAUAACCUUCAGAAAUCAAUCGAACAAAUGUUUCUUGGUGUUCAUCAAAAAAAAGCCAGCCUUUAUAAUCAGACUGACAGCAACAAAAUUCGACAUUUGCGGCGAAGGAAAUUGUGGGAAGAGAAGAGAAAACUUUUGGAAGCAAUCAAGCUCUACAAUGAGCAGGUGCCAGAUGAGGAGCGCAUCGCUGAAGAGAAGGUGGUGAGCGGACUCUCUGUGGAGAGAGGAGACAGCGGGGCAGACAGUCUAAUAUGGCCAUGGGAAGUGCACAGCAGUGAAUCCAGCAACAUCCUCACCAAGAAGAAGAUUUAUGAUGCGUACAUGUCAAAAGUGCGGCUUCAAGAGGAAAGGAUCAUUGUGAUGAGGGAGAUGAGACAGCACUGCACCUACCUCAGAAAGCUGGCUGGGAACAUCAGGACAAUGAAAUCAGAUAGUGGUAGUUUAAGUGAAGAGGGUCAUCAGGGACUACUGUGUCUUCUUCAGAAAAGGCUUGCAGAUGUGGAGGAGGAGUUCCAAGUCAUAUGCUCAAGUUACAGCCAGGCUUUAGGACCAAAUGCUGCUUCUCUGCUGGAGGAUGGGCCCGAGGAGAUACUGGAGGACCAUGAAGAAUUUGAUUAUGAGAGUUCAGAUGACAGUGACUUUGAAGCAGUGGAAAUGAGUGGCUCUUAACUGGUGGGAUGUGUUUAGACUGUGUGUCAAUUGUGAGUGGAUUGCAGCUUACAAACAACAGCAGGUCGGUUAAGUUCCCCUCCACCUCCAGUGUUUCACAGACUAUUUCUACAGUCAACUGUGGUGCUACAGCUUGCGAAUAACAUCAGCCAUCUUGUCAACAUAAUGACCUUUAAUGUACAAAAAUGUUCAAAAUCCAUUCUCCCUACGUUACGUACAUUACUCUUUCACUAAUGUAAUACUGUUAGAUUGUUUUAUACUGUACACUCCUGUAUAAUGUUAUUCACUGGUAUUAUGGUUACUUUUGGAGUGAACCAUUUACUGUACAUCACUACAUGAAAUACUUUCCAGGAAUUACUGAACAUUUCCAUAGUUGAGUUUUGUUUGUAGUGUUUCCUGUUGUUAUUACUGCUGUUACCUUGCCAACAAAAGGAACUAUAUUACCAUGCCUUUUACUUCAGGUAACUAUAAAACAAUGUUGUACAUGCAUGCAGACUAG